GAGCGCGAGCUUCGUUCCUAUGACAACCGCGCCAGGUCCACGCGCGGACGGCGGGUGGCAAGGGUCAAAACAGAUUCUCAAAGUUGAAGCCCUAGAACAGUUCAGCCCGCGCCUUUGGUGCGCCGGGCCUUUAAGUAUCACGUGACUGCCCUCCGGCUCGUCCCUCCUCUUUCCCUUCCCCAGGCCCCGGCGAGUGCUGGUGUGGACCGGAGGGUCUCGGCCCCGCGGAGUAACUGGAGCACGGACGCUGCAGCCGGUGAGGACGGUUCCCUUUCCAGCUCUGGAAAGGAAGAGAAAUGGAAGUGAAAAAGUUGAGCAUUUCCUGGCAGUUCUUGAUAGUUCUGGUUCUGAUCCUGCAAAUUCUGUCUGCGUUGGAUUUUGACCCAUACAGAGUCCUAGGGGUCAGCCGAACAGCCAGUCAGGCUGAUAUUAAAAAGGCUUAUAAGAAGCUCGCCCGGGAAUGGCAUCCUGACAAAAACAAAGAUCCUGGAGCAGAAGACAAGUUCAUUCAAAUCAGCAAGGCUUACGAGAUUCUUUCCAAUGAAGAAAAGAGAUCACAUUAUGACCACUAUGGAGAUGCCGGGGAGAACCAAGGCCAACAGAAGCAGCAGCGAGAGUAUCGCUUCCGCCAUUUCCAUGAGAAUUUUUAUUUUGAUGAACCGUUUUUUCACUUCCCUUUUAAUUCUGAACGGCGAGACUCAAUUGAUGAAAAGUAUUUAUUGCACUUUUCACAUUAUGUGAAUGAAGUGGUUCCAGAUAGCUUCAAGAAACCCUACCUCAUUAAGAUCACCUCAGAUUGGUGCUUUAGCUGUAUCCAUAUUGAGCCUGUUUGGAAGGAAGUAGUUCAAGAACUGGAAGGGUUGGGCGUAGGAAUCGGCGUGGUCCACGCUGGCUACGAGAGACGCCUGGCCCAUCACCUGGGAGCACAUAGCACACCAGCUAUCCUAGGAAUCAUAAAUGGGAAAAUCUCCUUCUUCCAUAAUGCAGUUGUCCGUGAGAACCUGCGACAGUUUGUAGAGAGUCUUCUUCCAGGGAACCUGGUGGAGAAGGUUACAAAUAAAAAUUAUGUCAGAUUCCUCUCUGGCUGGCAGCAAGAGAAUAAACCGCAUGUCCUUCUGUUUGACCAAACGCCCGUUGUACCACUGCUCUACAAGUUGACUGCUUUCGCAUAUAAAGAUUAUUUGUCAUUUGGAUACGUGUAUGUCGGUUUGAGAGGGGCGGAAGAGAUGAUGAGGCAAUACAAUGUCAAUGUCUAUGCCCCCACCAUCCUGAUAUUUAAAGAACACAUACACAAGCCUGCAGAUGUUAUCCAGAUUUUUGAAGGAAAAAUACUCAGUAGAGUUGAGACUACAGAGAAACAGGGACUUCUCUUUCUUGCCUUGCUGGAAGAAGCCUCAAAAGUUUUCAGAAAAGCGAUUGGGUGAUAAAACAUCAACUGCCUAGCAGAAGAGCACUCCUGAGUACCUACUGUGUGCCAAACAGGGCUUUCUGU